AAACAGAGGAGCUGCUGCUGCCGUGAAGGAGAGGCUCGACAACACCAUGCCCUGUUCUAAGCUCACCGUGGUCGCCAUGGUGAUAUGAAAGCCGGUGUGAAACGCUGACACGCACGCACGGACUUGCACACAGACGGUCAGUUACUGACUGACACACGGCCGGCCAGCCAGCGCGGCGGGUUGGGCGUGUGUAAUGGACAGGUGUAAGCAUGUGGGGCGGCUGCGCCUGGCCCCAGACCACUCCAUCCUCAACCCCCAGAAGUGGCACUGCGUGGACUGCAACACCUCAGAGUCGAUAUGGGCGUGUCUGGGCUGCGCUCAUGUGGCGUGCGGACGCUACAUCGAGGAGCACGCCCUGCAACACUUCCAGCAGCAGCACCACCCGCUGGCGAUGGAGGUGAACGAACUUUAUGUUUUUUGCUACUUGUGCGACGACUACGUCCUGAAUGACAACGCCACCGGAGACCUCAAGCUGCUUCGUAGCACACUCAGCGCCAUCCAGAGCCAACGCUAUGAGGUCACCACCCGCAGCGGGCGCACCCUCCGCUCCGCCAGCGCCGCCCCCGACGCACUCAUGCCAUCUGGCGCCCGUGAGCUGCAGCUAAGAGACGAGGACAGGAUGUUUACCGCCCUCUGGCACCGCCGCAGGGCGCUCAUGGGACGCGUUUUCCGCUUCUGGUUCGGACUCACUGAAUGCGGCAAGAAGAGGGAGGAGGAGGAGAGGAAGAGGGAGGAGGAGGAGGAGCAGAAAAGGGAGUCGAGGGAGAGGAGACGGGCUAUGAAGAGGCAGCUGCAGGAGGAGCUGGAGAACGCCCCCCUCAGGAAGAGUCGGCGCUUACGUCGGAAGAGCCAGAGAGUUGCGGAGGCGGCGGUCACACCACCGACGACUCGUUCACGCAACCAGACAAGAAGCCCCGUGCCGUCAUCCAUCACCCGAAGGCCGAGGACUCAAAGCCCCGCUACGCCCACCCCCAAGAAAACAAAAAACACAAAAAAGCCCCAACCAACAGUUAAAACCCGAAGCCGCUCUUCUACCACCAGAUCUAAACCCAAACCGUCAUCAGCAACCCCCCGUCACGCCCAGACGCCUGUCCGCCACAAGCAGAGCACCAAACAGGGCGGGUCACCGUUCAAACGGCGUCCCACGGUAACGCCCGGAGUGACGGGUUUGAGGAAUCUGGGCAACACCUGUUAUAUGAACUCCAUCCUGCAGGUUCUGAGCCACCUGCUCGUCUUCAGGGAGUGCUUCCUGCGCCUGGACCUCACUCAGGCUCUGGAGCUACUGGCAUCUGCCGUCCACGGCCAACUCACAGGCAAGACCUCUUCCCAGUUCCCCCUCGCCCAAAGGAGGGGGUUCCAGGCCAGCUCGGGCUCCGGGGCCGGCCUGAGCGGCGGGGCCUCGCGGGGCCGCAGCAUGGAGCUGAUUCAACCCAAAGAGCCGAGCUCGAAGCACAUCUCUCUCUGCCACGAGCUGCACACCUUGUUUCAGGUCAUGUGGUCGGGCAAGUGGGCGCUGGUCUCGCCUUUUGCCAUGCUCCACUCGGUGUGGCAGCUGAUCCCGGCGUUCCGCGGCUACGCUCAGCAGGACGCUCAGGAGUUCCUGUGUGAGCUGCUGGACAAGGUGCAGCACGAGCUGGAGAGCACGGGCCAGUACACGACCAACGCGGGAGUGUCGCAGACACAGAAACGACUCAUCAAACAGGUUCUCAGCGUGGUCAACACUAUCUUCCACGGCCAGCUGCUCAGCCAGGUGACGUGUCUGGCAUGCGACCAUCGCUCCAACACUGUGGAGCCUUUCUGGGAUCUGUCGCUGGAGUUCCCCGAGCGCUAUCACAGCAAUAGCAGGGAGUCGGCCGCGCAGGCUUCGUGCCAUCUCACCGAAAUGCUCGCCAAGUUUACAGAGACCGAAGCGCUGGAGGGAAACAUCUACGCCUGUGACCAGUGCAACUCUGCUCGACGGCGGACCUCCUCCAAACCCCUCAUCCUGACCAAAGCACAGAAACAGCUGAUGGUCCACAAACUGCCUCAGGUGCUGCGGCUUCACCUCAAACGCUUCAGGUGGUCCGGGCGGAACCACCGGGAGAAGAUCGGAGUCCACGUCAGCUUCGACCAGCUUCUCAACAUGGAGCCGUACUGCUGCAUGGAGCCGUCACCCAAAGGCGUCCCGUGCUCCAGUCCCAGCAGCCCCGGCUCCACGGGCUCGCCGCGCCCAAAGCACUUCCUCUACGAACUCUCUGCUGUGGUGAUGCAUCAUGGGAAGGGCUUCGGCUCUGGCCACUACACUGCCUACUGCUACAACACAGGAGGAGGCUUCUGGGUUCACUGUAAUGACUCUAAGAUGAAUGUGUGCUCAGUGGAGGAGGUGUGCCGCGCUCAGGCCUACAUCCUCUUCUACACACAGCGUGUCACUCAGGACAAGGACCGGCCGCUAUAG